UUUCGUAACCCAAACGCACCGUCGCCUUACACGGAGUCCAGAGCUUGUUCUGUAUCCGUACAGAGACUGAGACCAGAUGUCUGUCAAUUGAGAUUAGAUUUUCUGGUCUUUGAUAUGAGUCGUCCGCGUGACGGCACCUGUGAUUCCGAUCGAUUUGUAGUGAACGGACAAACCCAGAACAGCAUUAUUCCUCCUAUUUGUGGCUAUAAUACGGGACAACACAUGUACAUCGAUAUGUCAUCGACCAAUAGUCCUGUAACUCUAAAUGUAUUAACGAUGGGAAACAGAAAUAGACUUUUUGACAUAAGAGUCACACAAAUUCAUUGUUCCAGUGGUUAUAGAGCACCGGCUAAUUGUCUUCAAUAUCACAUCGGAGUUCAGGGCUCUAUUCGGUCAUUCAAUUACGACGAGCCGAAUGUGGCCCAACAGGGAGGAUAUCUCAACAAUUUAGAUUAUACCAUCUGUUUUAAGAAAGAGCCCGGAUUUUGCACCGUCACAUAUUCUGUGCCUACAGUUUACGUACACAUCAAUGACCCAAAUCAGUCACAAGAGGGUCCGCUCACAAUACCUCCGGGAAGAUAUUUCAAUAUAAUCCCCGACACAUCGACAAGCAAUCCAGUUGGCAACGAUCAGGCGGAACAGUUUACGUACACAUCAAUGACCCAAAUCAAGGGUCCGCUCACAAUACCUCCGGGAAGAUAUUUCAAUAUAAUCCCCGACACAUCGACAAGCAAUCCCGUUGGCAACGAUCAGGCGGGUGCCGGUCCUUACGACUGUCCCUUUGACUAUCUAUUUCUGGCCGGAAGAAGACUUUGCGGCUCAAGAUUUAAUGGCCAAUUAUUUCCUCCCCUUCCGAACCCAUCGGUUAACUCCGAAGUGACCGACAACAGCACUGGACCAAUAUAUGCCCGCUUUGUAACCAAUCACCAGGAAGUUGGCCGAGGAUUUAAUCUCAACUACAGAAUGAAUCCCUGUUUGAUUGGCGGA